AUGGCGGGGCCGUCGCCGACGUACUCGUCCGUCGUGGCGCACACCGCCGCGUUCCUGGCGGAGCUUAUCGCUGACCCACUCCUCCGGCGCCACCUGCUCUCCGCCGCCGCGGCGGGCGGAGGGGGGCAGCAGCAGAAGCAGCAGCAUCCGGCGGCGACGCUGCAGGCGCUGUCGCUCGUGUCCGACGCGCUCGACACGGCAGCGUCCUCGCCGCCGUCGCCGUCCUCCCUCCGCGCCGCCGAGCGGCUGCUGCUGUCGCUCCCCGCCGCGACCCCGCUGUCCUGCCUCCUGCUCGCGCUCGCGUCCGCCUCGAGGCGCCGCGGUGGGGCGGCUGCGGCGGCGGCCGCCGCUGUGCUGGACCUCUUCGCGCUCGACCCAGCGCUCGCGCGCCACGAGCUCGCUCCCGCGGCGUUCGAGGCGCUCUUCGCGCCGCGCCUCCUCCCCGUAAUGCGACACUUCGCCGCGCGCCGCGCGUCCGCCGCGGCAGCGGCGUCCGAGGGCGGGGAGGACAGGUCCGUGGAGACCGCGGCGAUGACGGCGAUGAGGGUUCUCUCGCUGAUGAGCGGCGUCCAGGCGACGGAGAUGAGGGCCCUGGAGCGCGAGUACGAGAAGGUGCUCGACGUGAACUGCAGGGCGUACGCGCUCUACCUGAAGAGGAUCCUCGAAGCCGGCGACGCGGCAAGGGCGUCGUCCCCGCCGCCACCGCCUCCAGAGCUCGUAUUCAGCGUCGGAGACGGCGGCCAUGACUGCGACGACAACGACGAGGAAGCCACGGCGGAGACAGACGAGGCGGUCAGCUUGCAGAACGACGUACGCUACAAUCCGAUCUGGGCGGACGCCGACGAGGCGGCCGACCUGUACCCGCGGCAGGGCAGCGGCAAGGGCCGGAGGGAGCUGAUGCGGCCACCCAGCCUGUACCCGCAGCGCGUGCCACCGCACCUCAUAGUGCAGCAGCAGAAGCCGCCGGCGCCGGCGACCGGCACAGGAAGCACGGUGUCGAGGCUGCGAGGCAUCGAGCACUCGGCCACUCCUUCUGACGACAGCAUGGACUCCUCCUCAUCCGUCUCCGCUCUCCUCGCCGGCAGAGAGGAAAAGCACACGGCAUCGCCGCUGUCACGCCGUGACAGAGCGCGUCCACACGGCGGGGAAGACGAUGACGACGACGACGACGCCGUCGUCGCCAUCCUUUCUCCGGAGCCCGCGAGCUCUGCGGUGGGCAGCGACGGGGACGAGGCGCGGCGGCGGCGGCGGCAGCAGCACACGGUGGCGACGCCCAAGGACUUCGUGUGCCCGAUCACUAGCCAGGUGUUCGACGACCCCGUCACCCUCGAGACCGGCCAGACGUACGAGCGCCGCGCCAUCCAGGAGUGGCUCGACCGCGGCAACGUCACCUGCCCCAUCACUCGCCACCGCCUCCGCGGCGCCCACCUCCCCAACACCAACUACGUCCUCAAGCGCCUCAUCGCCGCCUGGCGCGACCAGAACCCCGCCGCUGCGCCCACGCCGUCGGUGUCCGAGGCGACGACGCCACCGGGGACGAUGGACAGCCCCGCCGCACCGUUCAAGAUCAGCUCGCCGUCGCCGGACGCCACCGGCAGCCUGGCGAGCGCGCCGUCGCCGACCAGCGUCAUCGCGCAGGCCACCCUCGACAGCACCGUCGGAGAGCUCCGCGCCGCGGUGUCCUGCCUCUGCACGUCGGAGGAGCUGGCCGACUCGGAGAAGUCCGUGCUCCGGAUCGAGCGGCUCUGGCGCGAGGCCGGCGCCGAGCAGGUUGCCCUCUCCGCGCUGGCCAAGCCCGCCGUGAUCAACGGCUUCGUGGAGAUCCUCUUCAACUCCGUGAGCGCGCCGGUGCUGCAGGUGGCCGUCUUCCUCCUCGCCGAGCUCGCCUCCCGCGACGACGCCGUCGUGCAGACGCUGACGAGGGUCGACUCCGACGUAGACUGCCUCGUCGCGCUGUUCAAGAAAGGCCUCGCGGAGGCCGUCUCGCUCAUCUACCUCCUCUCUCCCUCGCCGGAGCAGCUCGUCGAGAUGGACAUGGCCGACGCGCUGGCCUCCACCAUCCGGCGAAACGACGACGGCGCGGUCAAGAUGUGCAUCAAGCCGAAGUCCGCGUCGGUGAUCCUCCUUAGCCAGAUCCUCCUCGAAGGCGGCCGGGACAGCACGUCGCCGGUGGCCAAGUCCGCCCUAGUCUCCGAGAGGUUCAUCAGGGGCGUGGCGACGAGCUUAGAAGCCGAGCAGGUCGAGGAGAGGAUCGCCGCCGUCAGAAUCCUACUGCGGUGCGUCGCCGAGGACGGCCACUGCCGGAGCAGCAUCGCCGAGAAGUCGGCUCUCGGCGCCGUCCUCGACGCCUUCCACGUCGUCGGCGACGUCGACAAGUUCGACAUCGUGCGGCUCCUCUCCGAAUUGCUCAAGCUCAAAAGGCGAUCGGCCGCGGAUCGUCUUCUUCGGACGAUCAAGGAGGCGAGCUCCUUCAGCAUGAUGCACACGCUUCUCGUGUACCUGCAAUCCACGGCACCGGAGCAGAGCCCCGUCGUUGCAGGGCUUCUUCUCCAGCUAGAUCUUCUGGUGGAGCCGAGGAAGAUGAGCAUGUACAGGGAAGAAGCGGUGGACAGCCUCAUCCAGUGCCUCAAGAACUCGGAUUACCCGAGGAGCCAGCUGCUCGCCGCCGAGACCAUCAUGAAUCUCCCCGGCAAGUUCUCCUCGUCGGGGCGGCCGCUCUCGCUCUCGUCGCUGCUCAAGCUCGCCAGGGUGAAGGAGAGGCACAGACAGUCGCAGGAGCUAAGCAUUUCCCGUGGCGGCGGCGGUGGCGACGGCGAGGACGAAAUGGAGGAAGAGAAGGCCGCGUCGGAGUGGGAGAGGAAGACGGCGUACGCGCUGGUCAGCCAUGAAUUCGGGCUGGUGUUCGAGGCGCUGUCGGAGUGCCUGAGGGCCAAGAACGCCGAGCUGUUCACGGCGAGCCUCGCGUCGGCGGCGUGGCUGGUCCACAUGCUCUCCCUCCUCCCCGACACCGGCGUGCUCGGCGCCGCGAGGGUGUGCCUCCUCCGGCAGUUCGUCCUCGUCCUCAGGUCCGGCAAGCACGGCAGCGACAGAGCCCUCGCCAUGGUGGCGCUGAGGAGCUUCAUGAACGAUCGCGAGGGAAUGCACGAGAUCACGACGUACAUCAAGGACGUGCUCAAGACGCUGAGGGAGCUGAAGAAAUCGUCGGGCCUCGCGUUCGAGAUGCUCAAGCUGCUGUCAGAUGGCCAAGACUCCAGCAUCGAUAUGUGGAAUCACAAGGAGCUCAACCACGCAGACUGCAGCUCGAAUGGUGAGGUCACAUCGAUCGUCUACCUCAAGGGAUACAUCUUCUCCGGACACUCUGAUGGAACACUGAAGGUCUGGGGGGGAAGCGAAAGCAUCCUUCGGUUGGUUUCUGAAUCCCAAGAACACACAAAGGCAAUCACCAGCUUAGCGGUGCUACCUUCGGAGGAGAAGCUGUUCAGUGGAUCACUGGAUAGAACCAUCAGAGUGUGGCAGCUUCGAGACACUCUCCGGUGCGUCGAGGUCCAUGACACCAAGGACGCCGUGCAGAACCUCGCCGUCGCCGCCGCCAUGGCAUGCUUCGCGCCGCAAGGCGCCGGCGUCAAGGUGCUAAGCUGGAACGGGGGCAAUUCCAAGGUCCUGAACACGAGCAAGGUGGUGCGAUCCAUGGCGCUGGUGCACGGCAAGCUCUUCUGCGGCUGCAGCGACGGCAGCGUGCAGGAGAUCGACCUGGCGAGCGGGACGGUGGGCGUGAUCCAGCCGGGGAGCAAGAGGAUCCUCGGCAAGGCCAACCCGAUCUACUCCCUGCACGCCCAUGGCGACCUCCUCUACGCCGGGAGCGCCUCGCUCGACGGCGCAUCCGUCAAGAUAUGGAGCAGCUCGAACUACAACCUGGUCGGGACGAUACCGUCGUCGGUGGAGGCGCGGUCGCUGGCGGUCAGCUCCGACCUGGUGUACCUGGGAUCCAGGAAUGGUGUGGUGGAGAUCUGGUCGAGGGAGAAGCUCACCAGGGCCGGCGCCCUCCAGGCCGGCGGCGCCGGCUGCCGGGUCCAGUGCAUGGCCGUCGACGCCGACGGCGAUGUCCUGGUCGUCGGAACGUCCGACGGCAGAAUUCAGGCUUGGGGAUUAACUUGAGUGGAGUUGUCCCGAAUUUUGAGCAUUGGAGAGGAGAUUAAUUGAGUAAUAAUUAAGUGAGGGUUUCCUUGUGCUGGAUAUUAAUUGGUGAAUAAAGUGAGGAGAUACGUAUCAUAUGUUCAAUUGGGCUUAUUUUUGUUGACACUUUUGUAUGACCUGCAAAUUGUACAUAUUUAUUAUGUCCAUACUGAAUUAUUGAAUACUGAUUGUUUUCCACGCAGAAAGAAAGAAAAGCUGAUGACCCCUUGUAUCGAUGGAGUAUAGAUUUUUGUUUUUUCAUUUAAUAGACUAGAUGUAGAAUUUUCAUAAUGGUUUCUACCUCUGGCUUAGAUGGUUUCCCAAAAUGGGAUCCUCUGAAUUUGAGACAACAUACAGAGGUGCUAUAGUGAUUUGUAUUAGUCCAUAUUUUUGGGCGCUCAAUCUCCAUUGAGCGGAUAAAAAUGAGCGUUACAAUGCCGUGCUACAGUA